AUGAGAGCCCUCCCAAGCCAGAAACGAAAACAAGGAUCAUCAAGCUUAGAAUUGGAAGAAUUGACGUCCGAACAACUCGUCGAAAGAUUCGCCGACCAUCUCCGUCAUCAGCAGGACAGCCUCUCGGAAUUAGUUCGACCACUCGAUCGAUCGUUGAUUAGAUUACUCAAGUCUAAGUUGUCUUCAAAUCGAAAAGAUGAUUUGGAUUCACUCGUCCAAAGACAACUUGGCGAAAAUCGUACCUUAGCAGACUUCUUAUCGAAUUACUUCACUUAUAUCAUGCUGGUCCAGUUUGAAGACGAGCCAGCCGUCAUCAAUCCUGGGUUCCAUCACUAUCAGAAACAAACUGAUCCUAUCAUCGACCACGAUAAUAAUUUCGACCUCCUUCUGAACGCCUACAACCCAGCCUCCAACAUCUUUCGCCGCCCAGAUGCCGCUUAUUUUACACGGUCUAUCCAACAUCUCUCACACGGAUUGGUUUACUUUGCUAUCAAGGCAGACCGAAAGAAGCGGUCGACUAAAAAGGAAAAGGCCAGUGAAGCGGCGCGUCAAAUGACUACCACCUUGGGUGUGGCUUGCAUAGAUAGAUCCCCCGAGGAACCAAGCAAACGACGAGCAGCUUUUAGUUUGGCGAACGGAUUAUUCAAAAUAUAUUUCUUCCUAGAAACUCAUUAUCCGAAGGCAGAACUGGUGACUUUUCAUUACUAUCUGGGUAGACUAGCUCUGUACCAGCGGCGACUUCACAAAGCCCGAGAAUCCUUGAAGAAAGCAUUUGAUCUCUGUAAAACUGAUACUUCAUUGCCGCUGGGGAUCUUACCUCGUCCAAUAUUACUUGAACAAUUCCAACUACAGAAUGAAUUCCAUGAGGUAGUUGGAAGCUUGCGGACAGGCAACUGGCCAGGUGUGGUGAAUGGACUUGAGAAAAAUCGAGACUGGUUUCGGUAUAAAGGGAUUUAUAUCUUGUUGCGAGAGAAGUUAGAAGUGAUAUGCUGGAGAAACUUCUUUGUCAUUAUGGCUGGAUUAAAAAAUGGAAACCCAGGAAUGAGGUUAAGUUUGACCCAAUCAGUUGAGGCGGCUAGGAAAGUGUUUAUGGAACCCUCGAUUGAUGAAGACGACAUUGUCUGUAUGGCCAGCAGUCUAAUUGAUCAAGGAUAUCUUAGAGCAUACAUUAAGCUUGGCGAGAUGAUCGUGUUCGGGUCUGUGUUACCUCAGAUAUCGACUGUGGGGGAGCACAUGAACGAAGGCGGCCCCGAGCCUCUCCCGGCCUUCUCAGGAAAGGCAAUCCCGAUGAGCAUUCAACCCAGCAGUGAUAGCGAUGCUCCCGUCAAAUCUUACCGGCGUCCCUACAGCAUCCGUGGCGCUAAAAAAAUCAGUCAUACUAAGAGAUUUGCUUGA